AUGGCGUGGAAUCAAGAGCCCGCCGAGGAUGACAUUCACACUCUGCUUGACUUAAGUGGCCACUGUUUUACCCGCAACGAGGCCAUUGCUCGCCUCAAAAACAAUGGGCUUGACAUCACUCGUGCUAUGAACGAAUUCUUCGAUGAUACGACUAGUGGCUCCAAAUACAAGAAUGAAUGGGACGAAAAUGUCUGGACCGCCGACCGUGAAGGUCCUCAGAAUACCGCCGGCGUCCAGUUCAACGUCCAAGGCCCUGAUGUCACCAGCAGCCAUUUCGACAUCAGCAGCGGUGCUCCCACUCGACCUCCCUCACGAGCCAAUAAUCGCUCGCCCAUGGGAGCACCAACUACCCAAGCCGAUGAAGAUGCUGACCUACAACGGGCACUCGCCGAGUCCGCCGCCGAAUCGGGCCUCCCACCCCAAGAGUCCGGCAUUAUUGGCAGCGAUGUCAAUGAAAAGAAAUUUGGCCCUGCCACUCGAACCGAAUAUGAGCAGGACCAGUGGGCAAUGGUGCCAACAAAACUCGCGGCCUUGACUCAACAGACACCGGAGAUCCCCCCUUCGAAUCGAAAGCGUACCGAUGCAGCUCCUGCCUUCCUUCAGACAAGCCAAGAUCACCGUCUGGGAGCACUCGUCACGAUUCUAGCAAACAUACCGCUAGCGAGGAAUGCCCUCCUAUCCUGUGGAGACCUGGCUAGAACUUAUGGUUAUGAUAAUCAAUGGUGGCAGAGCAAACACGAUCUUCCGCAAGGCCAUCCCAAUUUUCACGAUGAGCUACAUCGCCUGGUGGCUUUCCUUGACGGCACCGACCGUGCCUACGGCUCAGUCGAUAGUCUGGCUUCUACCAUUGCUUUAGAAUCAGAUCCUGAUUCUCCUUGGGCUGUUUUCGACGCUGAAGAGGGAUUCCUUAAUGUCCUUAAGCAAGACUUUGAGGUUUCCGGAAAUCCGGCCAUCAAGCCGCUCGUGAGCCAUGCCGCUACAGUACGCCUAGGGCACUCGGAUGAUGACGAGGGGUUUGAGAUUGUCAAUCUGAGUCUUCUGACAAUCCCUCUGGUCGAAAGCCAGAGCCAGAUGAUCAAUAAUAUUUACAAUGCCCUUGAUACCGUUUUCUGGAACGAGGCAACGACAACAUCCGGCUUCCCUCAGUCAGGUUCGGCCACAUCAUUCUUCACGGAGGCUGGAGACAUUUUUGCCAUUAGAAUUGGCGGCGAUGGUCUCUGCAAGCCUUGCGACAUCCCGCUAACCCUCUAUCUCGACCGCUACAUGGAAAGCCGGAGGCAAGAUGCCUUGAUCAUCCAGAGACACAUCAACGUACAUCAAUUCGGCCUCAUGAAGCUUAAGAGCUUGGAGGAAACGACUCAGACCUACGAUGUCACUGGACUCAAUGACCAGAAGCAAGUGAAUUGGCUUCAGGUUCAGUCUAGCCGCCGUCAAUCUUUGGAACACGCCAUCAUCAUGCUCAACUCUCAUUUGACUCAGCAACGACAAAGGGCCCAGAUGCGCUCCACGGAUCAAAAGUGUCAAGGGGGCGAAAAGAUCACUGAUGAUUACCAAAUCACCAUAUGCAGUGAAGAGACUCCAUGUGAACUCACUGAAGCAGAGCAAGAGAAUGAGGAGAACCUGAAGGCUGCAAUUGCAACGGCCCGAGAGGAACUUACCAAGCUCGACGCCGAAUUGGAGUAUGCCAAGGACUGCAUUCGGUUCAUCGAGGACGGACUUGAACAUCUCUCGCUGAAGCUUACAGUUCGGGAAGACGAAGCUUCGCCGGGCUUUGUGGAAAAAUACAUCCACAUACGUGAUCCCAAGGGUGUCGAACCUGAUAUUUACGAGCCGAAUGAGUGGAAUCCAACCCACAAGUACCUGCUAUCGGGUGUUGCUACGACUAAUGAGAUUACCUAUGUUUGCACACGAAGAGCGCCCAACCUGAUCGAGACAAGCGACCAGGUUGAGCCACGCGAGCAGUGGUGGAGACUCGUCUAUGCCGCACACGAGAAGAACCCCAUUUCUGUAGAGAAAUCGGAUGCCGAAUCUGUGUUGAUUGCUGCUGGAAGCGAAUCGAAAUAUCCAAUAAUGGUUUAUGCUUCUGAGACUGCUCUGGAGGCUGAACCCAUCCAGCUGUCAGAAGCCUUACGUACAUUUGUGCGUGCCGACAACAAGGUCUUCCAGAAAGAGCUGUCAAGUGAGCAGACUCGAACGGGCGCGCAGCAGCCUGAACCCGAUGCGCCUUUGCGUCUGACUGCACAAACUAUUGAGGCGAUCCCUGAAGCUGAGGAGAGGUGGGGUGCCAAGGGGAAGCGAAAACUUAGUGUUGGAUCCUCCAAUGCCACCAUCGACUCUGGAGACAGCCGUGAUGUCAAUAUGGCUUUCUCUGGCGCUAUUCCACCGGAAAGACUGAAUGAGCAUUAUGGAGAGCUCGGCAGCCCUGCCGCGCAACAGCCCGCUAGAAUGGGGGGCCUGGUCGAGUCUUUGGAGAAGUGCCAGACGUCCGAGCCCCAUAGAGACCAGGAGAUGGAAGGGGUGAAUGACGAUAUGGGCAAGUCUCCGGAGAUGCAGGAGCGAGUCGGCUCGCACUCUCCUUUCAUGAUGCGCCGCCCAGUGGAAAAGGCUUCCCAGGCAGCUUCGAAUUCUACCGAGGCCGUGGACAUGGACAAGAUGGAAGUCGAGGUCGAGCACCAUGAGGGCUAG